AUGGUUCGCGAAGACGACGUCUCGGUCGACGAAUUGUCGCAGGUCUCGUCGUUCGGAGACGUAAAACCCAUGAGGCUGCGCGCCCAGUACCCCGCCGAUUCCGUCGAGAACCAUGUCGAGUACAUUCUGGUCGCCUCCUUUGACAUUGACCGCGGGUCGGUCAUGGAACACCAAUAUCCGGGGCCUAUAAGUGGGGACGAGACUAUGUUGGCAGAGCUCAUGUUGCCCGACCAGACACACAUGCGGAGCCAGGACUGGACCAUAUUCUUUCUACACAAAGAUACGAGUCAGGAAGAAGAGGAGAAAGAGGCACGAAGAGAAAGGCGCAGGAAGGGCAAGCAGAAGGAAAACCAAGAUGUGGAUGGGGAGGACACCACCGCCGGCGCAGAGGAGUACGAUGACGAUGACUACUCCGAGAGCGAGGACGAGAUGGAUCCUGACGGUCCGCCGCUUGUAUACGUGCUGAACCUCGUAAAUACCAAACAGGACAACACCGUGAAGAGAGGAGCCAUCGUCAAGGCAAUGGCCAUUUGCACGAGACACCCCUUUCUACACAUCUACAAACCUUUAUUACUACUCGCUCUCGAGGAAUAUUUUCGAGCACCAGUCAUGGAGACGUUGGCUUCCCUCUACAAUGCGCUCAACGCCAUGGACUUAUCAUUGCUUCCCAAGCUCUCCCAGUUCGAGAAUUUUGUCCUGCAAGCGACCGACGCCAAAGACAUGUUCAUCGAGAAGUUCGAACAGAUAAUACGACAACGCAGAUCCGAAGAGGCAGAGCGAGCCUCUCUUCCUUCGGCCUCGUCCGCCGACAUGCAAAGAAAGAAUUACGCACCUCCCAGAGAUACCCAUGAAUUCGAGUCCAGAGUGCUCUACAACGGCGUUCCGGUUCCCAUUAAAGUACCUACUGUAUUAAGUCCUGAGACAGUUGGUGACUUCUCCCUCGUCAAGCUUAUCCAGACUUUCUCGACGCCUCACAUGACCCAACCGCAGCCUUUUGCUCUACAUCCCCACCUGACGACAAGCGGCGCUUAUACACAUCCUAUCAUCGUGCUAGUCAAUGCUCUUCUCACGCAGAAGCGCAUCAUCUUCCUCGGCCACAAUCGACCGUCCGGCGAAGUCGCCGAAGCUGUUCUUGCAGCCUGCGCUCUUGCCUCUGGCGGUAUGCUGCGAGGAUUCGUGCGCCACGCUUUCCCCUAUACCGACCUUACAAAGGUCGACGACCUCCUCAAAGUCCCCGGCUUCAUCGCCGGUGUUACCAACCCUGCCUUCUCAUAUAAGCCUGAAUGGUGGGAUCUAUUAUGUGACCUUCCAACUGGGCGAAUGAAAAUCAGCAACAAGAUCGAACUACCUCAAGCAACAGAAGGCCAAGUCUUCUUUCAAAGUCAAGGCAUACCUGUCGGAAUAUACCCAUCAGGAGGCGAUAGCAAAGGGGCCGUCGAUCCUACAGGAGAUACACACUUCAUGGAGAACCUUCUAACGAGCAUUGCCAACCGCCACGGUGAAAACGCCAUUCGCGCCAAAUGGCGUUCGUGGGUCCUUAAAUUUGCUCGCAUAGCCGCCGCCUUUGAAGAAACCGUCUACGGCGCGUCGGCUCUCUUCGUCGGCUCCCACGAGACAGAAGAAAACGUCUACGGGGUCUCGGGUCAUGGCUACGUCUGGCCCGACGAGAUAUCUAAAUUGCGGGAGCUGGCAGCCAAUGUGCACCGUGUAGAAGGAUGGAGAAACACGAGGAGCUAUUAUAGCUUCAUUCAGGAUCUGGCGAGACAGUGGGAGAAGCGACCCGUCCGAGGCAUCGAUCUUCACCAUCAACAUGACAAACUCCGCUGUCUAAAGUUAACACACGAUCAAUCGGCUGCUAUAUACCUUGCACUCGCCCGCUGUGUUGAAGAAGCCGGCGGCCCUAAACCCUCGCCCUCACCGUCAGACACGGAUCUUUCCACCACCACGACCUCGCGGUCCCUGACUAUAGCCAAUGAUCCAGACCGAAAGCCAGGCGAGCAGCUACAAUAUGACACGGUUCUGCAGCUUCUCUGCGUCAUACCCGAGACCAACUCUGGGCUCUUCUAUGUGAGCCUGGGAUUGUUUCACCCGAGGCAGGACGUCAGAGCUGCCGUGGUGAAGCUGCUGGAGAGGAUCAUCGAACAUCCCGCUGGAAGACAUUUUUGGGCUACGCUGGGGAAGUUCGCAAAGUUGGCGUUCUUCAGAGUGAAGAGGGAGGAAGGCAGGGAAGCAAAGACGUAG